AUGAACGCUAACGUCGUCUUCGCUCCACCUUGCGACUCCUCUUUCGUGCAGGUCUCCGCCUAUGCUCGAGCAGGCGGUUUGGACAACCUACCUGACACAUACUACAUCUCAUCCUUCGUUCUCCACACCGGGAAGAUUGGCGUCGGCGAUCGCCUGCUUAUGUUCGUCCUCGACCGCAGCGACGACUCUGUCCUUUCGAGAUACCUGGUUACGCUCAAAACCAUCCGGCUUCGAGGCGCAGAGGUGACCGAGUUUCGGGGGGAAUGCCUCCAACUUCCCCUCAACCUGGUUUACAUUCAAGCCCCCACAUCCCGCUCUCGCAUCAGCAGACUCGCCCUCUGGGACCUCAUGCGAGGCAGGCUCACACUUACCGACCCGAUUCCUCCGUGGCGCGACCUGGCGAUAAAGGCCAUCCGCAUGCCGUUGCCUAUUCCCGUCGGCAUCAAGGGCCAUCCCCCCAGGAUUGAGGUGCGAGUCAGCGUCGAAUCCCGCAUGACGGACGAGUAG